UAGAAUAGAAUAGAAUAACUUGUUAGAAAAUAGUAAAGAAUCCUUUUUUGACAAGAAAUGGAUAUAUUCAUAUAUUUCGGACUUAUAUUUUUUAAAAUAAAAAAAUGGCAAAAUCUAUACCAAAAAUUGGUUCACGUAAAACUGGACGUAUUUGUUCGCGUAAGCAUCCUCGUAAAAUAGGAAAGGGGUUCUUUUAUAUUCAAGCUAGUUUCAACAAUACCAUUGUGACUGUUAUAGAUGUACGAGGUCAGGUGAUUUCUUGGUCCUCCGCCGGUUCAUGUGGAUUUAAGGGUACACGAAGGGGCACACAGUUUGCCGCUGAAACCGCAGCGGGAAAUGCUAUUCAAAUAGUAGUCGAUCAAGGCACGCAACGAGCAGAAGUCCGGAUAAAAGGUCCCGGUCUAGGAAGAGAUGCGGCAUUAAGAGCUAUUCUAGUAGCUAGUCGUAAAAGUGGGAUACUAUUAAGGGUUAUACGGGAUGUAACCCCUCUUCCACAUAAUGGGUGCAGGGCUCUUUAA